AUGGAAAAUAUUCAGACCAAUGCCUCCCAACAAAUCGGCAAUUCUGCCUUUCAUCGAGUCCCUCCCAAAACAAGAUAUAACGUUUUCAUCAAUCACCGCGGCGCUGACGUGAAAGAAACCCUAGCAAGUCUCAUUUAUCACAAUCUCCAAAACAAGGGCUGCAAUGCCUUCUUAGACAAGAAGUCUAUUCAAGUGGGAAAGAGAAUAUCCAAAUCAAUAGGGGAGGCUAUGCGGACAGCUGCUGUGCACGUAGCCAUUUUCUCGGCCAACUAUGCAGACUCAACAUGGUGUCUGAAGGAACUGUAUCUCAUGCUCAAAAGUGGGGCACCAAUAGUUCCGGUGUUCUGCGGAGUUCAUCCUUCGGAGCUUCGCAUGGAAUACGAAGACGGGCAAUAUGCUCGAGCGUUCCAGAUGCACAAGGACACUGGAAAAAUCAGGCCUCAAAAGCUCAAUAAAUGGAAGAAGGCUUUGCGUAAAGUUUCACGUAUAGAAGGCUAUAUUUUCCAGGGGGACCAAGGAGAUUUGCUUGAGGAAAUUGCAACGACUACUAUUAAAUAUAUUAACGCUGCCAAGCGUCUCAAACGCUAG